UUCUUUUCGUCGUUUACGGAAGUCAACAUGGAUAACUUGCUUCACGGCAGAGAUGCAUCUAUGAAUUCGUCAUUAAAAGACGAGUUCUACGCGGAUUUCCUGGCUGCGGAUUUCGAUGUCAAGAUUUACACAGCCCAAGCCAUCCACCACGCUGUCAUUGCUGAACAGCUGGCGAAGCUCGCACAAGGAAUCAGUCAACUUGACAAAGAGCUGCACAGCCAGGUGGUAGCCAGACAUGAGGACUUACUGGCUCAGGCAACUGGGAUCGAGUCUCUGGAAGGGGUCCUCCAGAUGAUGCAGACGAGGAUCAGUGCACUGCAGGCAGCUGUUGACAGGAUAAGAAGCAAAAUAGUUGACCCUUACAACAAGAUCGUGGCCAGGAUCACUCAGCUGAGUAGAUUACAGGUGGCCUGCGACCUUCUGCGGAGAAUUAUUCGGAUAUUGCACCUAAGCAAGAGGCUUCAGGUUCAGCUUCAGGGUGGCAGUCGGGAGAUCACAAAGGCUGCUCACAGUCUCAACGAACUCGAUUAUCUGUCACAAGGAGUUGAUUUGAGUGGCAUCGAGGUCAUUGAGAGUGACCUAGUAUUAAUCAGUAGAGCGAGGCUGGAGGUGGAGAACCAGGCCAAGCGAUUAUUGGAGCAAGGAACAGAGAUUCAGAAUCCUACGCAGGUCGGCACAGCUUUGCAGGUCUUCUACAACCUCGGUUGUCUAAAGGAGACCAUCAGUUCUGUUGUGGGGGCUUACCAGACUAGCAUACAUGACAGCAUCAUUGGCGCUCUAGAUAUUAAGGGCCUGACACAGCCAUCCAAUCCCAGAGGUGCCCCCGGAAGAGCCGUUCUCCCAACUCCGGGCAGCACGGCAGCCUUCCGUGCUGCUCUUUGGACAAACCUGGAGAAACUAAUGGACCAGAUUUGUGCUGCAUGCAAACAAGUGCAGCAUCUCCAGAAGGUCCUGAUGAAGAAGAGAGAUCCUGUCAGUCAUAAGUGUUUCAUUGACGAGAUUAUUAAGGAUGGUGAGCCUGACAUACUCUACACCUUUUGGACUGAUGUCACGAACAAAUUAAGAGAAGAAUUUCACAAAGCAACUCAAGCCUCAUCUUUCCUGAAGCAAGCGUUCGAAGGGGAGUACCCUAAAUUGUUGCGACUUUACAAUGAGCUGUGGCGCCGGCUCCAGCAGUACAGCGCCAGCCUGCACGGCUCACUCAUCAACAGCGGCGGCAUGGAUGCCACUCUGGAGCCAGAAACCGAAAGCCUUGACUUGUUCUCUCAAAACAAACAGGACUACAAUCCGGAGAGGGCCCUGAAGGAUUCUCUUCAAGCGUAUGAAGCAGCUUACCUGUCCAAGUCUCUCUCUCGCCUCUUUGACCCCAUCAACCUCGUGUUCCCGAUGGGCGGGCGCAACCCACCCUCCAACGAUGAGUUGGAGAGCAUCAUCAAGACCAUCAGCAGUGAGCUGAAUGUAGCAUCUAUGGAUUCAGACCUCGCGCUUGCUGUUGCCAAAAAUGCUGCCAAGACCGUGCAACUCUUUUGUGUCAAGUCUGAACAGCUGUUGUGUACUCAGAGUGAUGCCAGUCAGGUGAUUGGUCCGUUAUCUGAAGGCCAGAGGAGAAACACUGCAGUCGUCAAUUCACUUUACCGUCUGCAGCAGGCUGUUGCCAAGUUUACUUCUGGUUUGGGGUCAAGUCUGGCAGCUCCGGCAGAGGCCCUCUCUUCUUCUUUGGAGGAAGUGCAGGCACUGAUGAGCAGCGCAGUGCAGCCUCUCUUACAGUCAGUCAGUGAUUCUAUCGAGGCCAUCAUCAUCACGCUACACCAGGAGGACUUCUCAGGCAAGCUCCCCAGCCCUGAUACGGCUGAUGUUGUCUGCUCCCUUUACAUGAAGGAGUUGCAGGGCUUCAUCUCCAGAGUCAUGACCGACUACUUCAGACACUUCGAGUGUACAGACUUCAUCUACGAAAGCACCGAGUCAAUUGCUCAGAGAGCCAUUGAGCUGUUCGUACGGCAUGCCAGCUUGUUGCGCCCACUGGGCGAAGGGGGAAAGAUGCGUCUGGCCGCUGACUUUGCACAAAUGGAGAUGGCUGUGGCUCCGCUAUGCAGGAGAGUGUCUGAUUUGGGCAAACCUUACAGAGUGCUUCGUUCCUUUAGGCCGCUGCUGUUUCAGACAAGUAACCUGAUAGUCAAGAGUCCAGCUGUGGGGGACUUGAUUCCUUACAGCACUGUGCUUCACUUCCUCUUCGCCAGGGCCCCGUCUGAGCUUAAGUCACCUAACCAGAGAGCCGAGUGGUCGGUCACCCGUUACUCCCAGUGGAUGGAUGACCAUCCAUCAGAGAGAGACCGUCUCACCCUCAUCAGGGGCUCUUUGGAGGCGUAUGUGCAGUCUGUAAGGGCUCGCCAGGGGAAGGAGUUUGCACCAAUCUAUCCCAUAAUGCUCCAGCUCUUGCAGAGAGCCACUUCGUCGGAAGGGAAAUGACAACAGAGUGCUUAAAAUGGUUCUGAUCUCCUGUAUUGUAGCUCAACUUCUGAUUUUCCAGUUGACACUGAUGAAAAAUAAAACUGGCCGGAAUGUAAUGGC